AUGCACUAAAAACUUUAUCUUAAUAAGUAGGAUCUUAGUCCAAUUAAAAUAAAAAAUGCAAUUUUUUUGAAUAAAAUGCAACAAGUUCUUAAUUUUGAUAGCUCUAAUAAAAUGUCUUACAGAAUUUAAAUUAAAUUAUAGUUUAUUGAGAGAAAACUCUAGCAGAAGUAAUACGUAAAGCAACUAAAGUAUUUCAUACAUAUUAGAGUAGGUCAUUAAUUAUUGUUAUAAAAUAUAGUAUUUGAUUUGAUUUAGUAUUUCUUAUUACUUUAUUUGGCAUAUUGGAUUUAUGAUUGCUGAGUCUCCAGACUUAUUAUCUUAUUUAUUAGCAUAGGAUAUGGAAACAGUUACAUUGUUAUAUUUCAUUAAAAAGGAAGAGCAUUCAAACAGAUUCAGUUGUUUAAAAUAUAAUUUAAUUUCACCUUCUAAGAAACUCAUCAAAAUAUUUCAUGAAAGUUAUUGCAUUUGCUAAAACAACUUGAUCUGA